UUUCUGGUUCUACGAUGAUAAUGACAGCUUUAUAAUGUAGUCAAGCACAAGCAAAAUUAUCAUUAUUUCUAUUCAUUUUUCAAUCUAUUCAAUAUCCGCUGUAGGGAACAAGUAUAAAACUAAAAAUUCUGUUUGGCAUAAAGGUUUUUGUGAUUAAUUUUGCGUGUAUACAUAGUGAUCGCGUUCUUCAAACCUCGGUAGUCUCCGUAACUACAUAAACGGCUGCUUACAGAGAUCGCCCUGACAAAUUCCAAGGAAAUAUAAUUAUUUCGCUGACUUAUGUUGAAAAUUUAAACUAAACAUCAAUAAUUCAUUUCGGCAUUACUCUAUUUUAAUUAUUUUAGAUCUAAAACAUUCAAAAUCCCAAAUUAUUUGUAUAUGAUAAUGUCGCUCAAUCCACCGGAACAGGGCCAUAGUCCUCGGUUUUCCAAAAGCAAAACGAGCAAUACGUACCUCAGCUUUACUGAUUUGUGCAGCAAAUUCGACAGUCCUUUGAAGGAACCUAGCUGCGAUCACUGGAAAUUCUGUGAGAAGAUUGCCCAUUCCCUAGGUGGUUCUGUGGAUUUAGUCUGCUCGAAUGCCACCUUGGACAAGCCCUGCAGUGGUCCUCCCGUGCAGGAGGAGGAAGUGAACGGCAGAAACUUAGCCACCUUCUUGAAAGCGUUUGCCUUGAUCUAUGUUCUGCCAGAGGUUGAUUGGACUGCGGAAAAAAUCGAAAUGUUACUAUCGGAGGGUACGGACUUAUUCCAAGAAAGCUCCGAAACAGACGGGGAAACGGACGAAAAGAUCUCCAAGUGCGAGACUUAUUCUGAUGAGAAGCGAAUCAAAAGGAAGUUUAAUCUUGAAGGGCACACCUUUACUUUGGCUUUGGAACCUCGUUACCAGGGGGAUAGACACUCCAAGCACACCAUCAAGAAUUUAGGUCGCGUUCUCCAGAAGUUCUUCACGUCCAGACGGUAUUGCUUGGUUCUCUCUCGAGUGGGUAACCUCCUCAUAUGGCGGCGCAGAAACAUGUUCUUUGUGAUGAACGUCAAGGGUAAACAACGGGAUAAGAAUAUGGGACUGACCAUGCUAGUGUGCCUGAGAACCAUCGAACGUGUGGUUGAUGAAGCCAGGAAGUUAAGUGGGAUAACCGCCAAGGAUGAGUUUUGUAUUCGCGAACUGGUGGUGGUGCACUUGGAGACGCCUGAUGGACGUGUUUAUAUACGGGACUCCAACUACCGACCUAUUGAGCCCAAGGUGGCGUAUAAGAGCUACGCGUAUCUGAAGGCGAGUCUUCAUCUUUCACUGAGCCAAAAUGAUUCAGUAACAAACCGCAGCAGUCUAAUGGUGGCCGUGGGCUCAAUCCUGGCUAGCAAAGUUUGCCACCCGAAGAAUUGGAAUACUGAUAUGCUGGACCGACUAGUUUGCUACGGAUUGGAGUUAUCCCGUAGCUGCUGGCCGGAUUGCUUUAGGAAUCAGCGGCCCGUUGACCUAGAUACGUUUCCCACCCAAAUGCGACUGGGGCAGUUCGUCAUGGAACUUAAACUAUUACCCAACGUGAAAAUGGGCCAUUGGAAGGACGAUCUCCACAACAAUGGAACGAAUUUCGGGACUCACAUCAGUGAGGCCUUCAAGAAAUACAGCAACGUAGUCUUCCAGAUAAACAAUCAGAUGUAUGCCAUAUGGGCCAAGGACGACUUUUACUACCUCCUCGAUCCCUAUCGGCAUUCUGUCUUGGGUAGCCAGUCGGAGAAAGACAAGCCUGAGGGCGCUAAGUGGGCCACGCUUCGCAUGUUUCACGACCAGCUGACCCUGCUUAGCGUGUUCCACCAAAUGCUCAAGGAGUCACACCGGCAGUCUGCCUACUAUCUGCAUGUGGUACGUAUACGUAAUCUCGCCGAGUGCCCAGAGGGUUUCGCCCUGGCUCCCUUGCCCGACGAGGUGGAUACCUUCGAUGUGGAGUCUCUGAAUGAAGCCAUAUUGUUCAGCGACCACCCAGGAGUCAAUGUGUGGGAUAAAUUCAUGAAGGAAAUCAGCGACUACGAAGAAGAAGAGAAGCUAAGAGUUUCGUUGGAGGAACAGAGUGCAAGAGAAAUGGAAGCCAAGAAAAACGCCGUCUCUAAAACAAAAACCCAAAAAUCAAAGACGAGAAUUGUAAAAAAAACAAAACGCUGCCAAAAUGCUAAGAAAUCAACGUCUACAAUUCAGGAUCCAAAGAAAACGGAGACAAAGACAGUCACAACACGCAAAAAGUCGGAAAUCAUUGUUCAGGAGCCAGAGAAACUGCCUAAGCAAAGCUCUUCCAAACGUAUACAUAGAAAACCAAAGAAGUCGCCCAGAAAUCCACCAAACUCUGUAGCUUCAAACACAUACACCAGGCAAAAAGGCGGUGUAUCAGGCGAUUCCCUCGCCAAUCCGCCUAGUAAAUGUCCUGACAGGGUUCCAAACGUCAAGUGGUCGACAAAGGAAUUAGCUAUCAUGAAAUUAGGAGAUGCCAACUUAAAGGCAUCACAGGUUAGAAUACUUAAAAGGGAAGGAAACUCAAUCCGUAAAAAUGCUAACAAAAAGCAAUCAGACGCGAUAUCCCCGAAGAAAGCUGUAAGAGAUGUCCCCAAAGAACUCGUUAAACAGUCGAAACGAAACGAAUCCUUGCUUCGUUUUCCGGGCUUCAAUCGGGUGCCACAGCUCCUGGCCGUCGCUGGGUCCGAAAGCGGAACCACAGAGAGUCUGAACCGGAUGCUUAGCUCCGCCUUCAAGGUGGCCAACAGAGUCUUUGCGAUGACGCCGUGGGGCAACUACGUCAUCUUCCGGCAUAGUGCCAACCGCUCUAAGGAGUCGGCAGCCUCAUGGUUCUACCUAUUUGAUGGUUGUACAUGCGAUAUUGAUCGAUUCCGCCACUUGGAUCUUUCCAAAGGCACUGCCGGAUUAAUUGCAUUUCGAAAGCUAUCAGAUGUGGUAUGUCACAUCGCUGAUUUAAGGGAGAAAAGGCCUUUGAAGGAUCUGUGCAACUGUAUGGAGGAGGAAGAACAGCUUCUCAGCGAUGCGGUAAAAACUAACUUGGCCUCUGGAAAAAUUCUUAUAGAAUGAAAGUUUGUAUUAAAGAAUAGCACCUUUCA